UCUCUCGAAGGACGAGACCCCCCAACCAUAAGCCAGACAGGUACAUGCCGACCCUCUCUUACACCUGGACUCUCUUAUGUUAUUUUUCUGGCUCCUGGUUUUUGUGCACUUCUACAAGUGGUUUAUGGUUUAGGGGAUCUUUUUUUUUUUUUUUUUUCUCUUUUGGCCUGUUUAAAAAUGUUACUAUCUUUGAGGGUAAUGAUGGGACUAAUCCAUAUGUGUAUGCUCAAUCUUAAGUGGGGUUAAAGCUAAAAGGCUCAUGGCUUCAUGCUUAUGAUUUGCUUGUGUUGCUUUCAAGAGAGAGAGAGAGAGAGAGAAAGCUUUUUGGUUGGCCCUUUUAGCAGAUUGGUGUUCUGGGAGGUUUUACAAUUUGCUACCAAGGUUUGUUAAAGCUUUUUUGGUGGGGAGGGGAUGUAGUUAUAAUAUUACAUUGAAUUCUAGUCAAAAAUAUUAUUCAUAUUUUCAGUGCUUGAAUUUAGAAUUAGAGCAUAGGUUUAAGACUGUUUAGUAAAUUACCCAUUAAGCUUUUCCUCUUCUCUUUGUUGAAGUUGGGUUUUGAUUUUGUUUUUGUAGUUUCACUGGCCUUUUAUUUUAUUUUAUUUAUAUGAUUUUCUGAAAUAGAUGAAAUCUUUGGGAGGUUGAAAAAGUUAAAAAAGUGUUUUUUCAAUGUGAUUUGAGGACAAAGAUGAAAUCUUUGAGUAGUGUAGGUCUUGGUCUGAGUAUUGUUUUCGGUUGUCUUUUGUUGGCUCUGGUAGCUGAGGUUUACUAUUUGUUAUGGUGGAAGAAGAGGAUAACCAACAGAGAGAUUGAACAUGACUAUGGCAACCCAGUGAAAGAGCUAUUCUAUAUGUUUUGUUGGAAAAGGCCAUCAUCUUCUUUGAGGCAAACUGUUUUUACUCCUACAGAGCUUUGUUCUUCAAUGAGAAUAGGUGACACCCUUGUUCAUGAUCCAGAACUGCAACUUCAGUCACAAAGUAGCAAGGAAUUUCUUUUCAAACCCUUUGGGGAAGAUGGCAUUGAGGCAGAGUACAUGAGGCAGCAAGACCUCUUAGGUCCUCCAAGAUUCUUAUUCACAAUAGUAGAAGAAUCAAAGGAAGAUUUAGAAUCUGAUGAUGGAAAGUCCAAGGGUGAGAAAAGUGGAAAGGGUUCAAGGGGUAGAAGCUUGGGUGAUUUGCUAGUUGUGGAGACACCAUAUAUGACACCUACUGCUUCUCCACCUUAUUUCACUCCUCCUUUCACUCCUAUCAGCCCCUAUAACCAACGUGGAUUCAAUCCUCUUUUUGAAUCAACAACUGAUGCUGAGUUCAAUAGAAUAAAGUCAUCACCUCCUCCAAAAUUCAAGUUCUUACAGGAAGCAGAAGAGAAGCUUAGAAGAAAAUUGCAUGAUGAGAAUAAGGUAAAUGGAGAUGAGGUAGUUGAUAGUUCUUUUAUCACAAUAGUUGUUGACAAGAAAAUAGAAAGAGAGCUUACUCACCAAUCUCAUCUACCACCACAGUACCAUUCAAGUACUUCACAGGUACUUCCCUUAGCUUCUUGACACAUUCACCACACUCAGUUCAUCAACCAGAAGAAAGCAUCUAACAUCAAAGUUCUGCCAGUCAACUGAGUUUUUUUUUUUCCUUCAUUAAUCUUUCUAAUUACAUUGUGAAGAAUUCCACUUUUUCUUUUUUUUGUUUUGGGAAUUUGUUUCUCCCCUUUUAAGUUGUUUUGGGAUGCAGUCAUAGUUUAAUCUGCUAAGCCAGUUGUGAAAUGUACUCUCAAUGUUUCAUAAGACAUGGGGUGCAAUAUUUUCUGCGCAGAAAUGCUUAAAGGUGGGUCUGAUGCAAUAGGAAAAUUGAUGGGCAUUUUUUUUUCUUAUUAAAAUUUCCAUGCUCACCCAAAUUCUCCAUUUUCGUAAUGUAUCUGACACUGUAAUUAUUAUCAUUUUUUUGAGUGAUGAGGUGGUCCUAGUCUUCCAUACAUGCAGCUGUCAGAAGGACUUUGAAAGAAUUCUGAGUCUCUGCUAUUUAUUUUCUUUUCUUUUUUUCUCUUUACAAACAUAUGAAUAAGACAUGUCUUAAGCCAA